CUCUGAAUAAUAGGCGUGUGUAAAUGUGCCAAGGAGGUGCGGCCAUGGUGGAGAAAAAAGCCCCGGAAAAAAGUUCCUCCCAAACUGGAGUUGCUGUUAAAUCGUGGUGUAGACGCACAGGUGGAAUACCUGCAGUAAUGCUCCACACAAAGCCAUCUGAGACAGCCUGAACCUGCAAACCUUCACACCAUGUACUGGAAAGAUGAGCAGACGCUUUCCUGCCCCGGCGUGGAAGAGUUCAAGUCUGGAACCGAGAGCAAAAGCUCAACUCAAGACCUUUUGGAAGAAGUGUCGUGUCCGUCGUCUUCAGUCUCGUCGCCCACCGUCUCUUCACCUCAUGCCAUGACUGAGAAAGCCAUCUGCACCAGCUGCGGGAUGGAGAUUGUAGACAAAUACCUGCUCAAGGUAAACGACAUGUGCUGGCACGUGCGCUGUCUCUCGUGCAGCGUGUGUCAGACGUCACUCGGCCGCCACAUCAGCUGCUAUAUCAAAGAAAAAGAGAUUUUCUGUAAACUUGACUACUUCAGGAAAUACGGGACCCGCUGCGCUCACUGCGGCAGGAACAUCCACUCCAACGACUGGGUUCGCCGAGCCAAAGGGAACACCUACCACCUGGCCUGCUUCGCCUGCUUCUCCUGCAAACGCCAGCUGUCGACAGGAGAGGAGUUCGCUCUGGUGGACGAACGAGUGCUCUGCCGCGUGCACUACGACCGCAUGCUGGACAACCUGAAACGUGCCAUGGAGAACGGAAAAGGCGUGAAUGUAGAAGGAGCUGUCCCUUCGGAACAGGAAGUAAACCAGCCCAAGCCGGCGAAGAGAGCGAGGACGAGCUUCACGGCGGACCAGCUGCAGGUAAUGCAGGCUCAGUUUGCUCAGGACAACAACCCGGACGCUCAGACGUUGCAGAAGCUGGCCGAAAGGACCGGACUCAGCCGCAGAGUUAUUCAGGUUUGGUUUCAGAACUGCCGAGCGCGUCACAAGAAGCACGUGAGCCCGAACCACUCGUCCACGGCGCCGGUGUCGUCCCUGCAGCCGGGCAGACUGUCCCCGCCGCUGAUGGACGAGCUGCAGUACACGGCGUUCACUCCGGUCGACACGCCCAUGCUCACCGCUCUGCACUCGUACAUGGACGGUCAGUUCAACCCUGUUCAGUCUCCGACGUCGCUGGUGUUCCAGCCACUCCUUCCCCACUCGAUGACACAGCUGCCCAUCAGCCAUGCCUGAGACAAACCCCGCCCACUGCACCCUCUCAACCAAUCAGGUCAGAGUCUAGAGGAAAGCGUGAGGAACUUUUCAUCGCUCUGUUGACCAUGUCUUGCACCGUGACCCUGUAACUGUUCUCUCUUUUCAUGAGCGUUUACUGAAGGAUGGUCCAAGAAA